AUGCCGGCCCCGGAGGAUCCGGCGGGCAAGAGCCCGCUGCCCUCCCAGAGUGGCAACGAGCGGGACAUCCAGCCGCUGCUGAAAGCCGAGCGCGGUCGGGAGAAGAUAAAUGUUUUGGGGGUCGAAGUGGUGAACGACGACGACCUGGUAUCCAAGAGAAAAAACGUUGUAUGUUAGUGGAAAUUUGUGAUGCGCAACAUGCAAGAUGAUUGCGUCUGUCAUGCUUGGCAUGCAUCGUAGGGUCCACUAAAGGGCGUUUUCGAGUACUAUCUGCGCAUGACAGGUUUUUGCUGUCAUACCAGACAACUUUGUAAUGCUGUUCCUCCAAAAAAGUUACACCUACAACGUUUUUUUCUUGGAUAUCUGGGCGACUACGUCUGGAUUUUCCCGUUGAAAACUUCGGAGGAAGCUUAUUGUAAGGAAAAAUCCCCCCUCCCCAUAUCGAAAUGGUAUGUUUCCGAAAAUUUGUGUUGCUGAUUUGAGGUCGCAAAUCACAUCUGUAUUGCCAGAAGACAAGGGCAGAAGCUUCCGCCCCACUAUGGAAGCGAUCUGUCAUGCUGUUGCCCCUAAAAGUGACCCGCUUGCCAUGCUGAACAACUACACCUAUACGCCCCUAACGUGCCUGGGGAUUUGGCCGCAGUGCCUCUCUGCAAUACAAACCUGAUCUGUGUACACAAAUCCAGCAUCAGAAAUUCCGUUUUGAUAUGGGGAGGGGGGAUUUUUCCUUUCGAUAAAGCUCUAUUGCGGCAACAGGCGAAGCCGCAGACGAAGGCGGACCUACCGAAGUGCGACCGGGUAGCGUACGGCUGGGACGACGUGUACAAGGCCAAGGACUGUUUGAACAUGGCCAAGGAGAUUUUCGUAGCCCAGCGACCCAAGGCCAACGAGCACGAAUUGCCAACCAGCCGGGACCGCUUGACCGUGGAUUUCCAGAAAGACAUGACCCGGCUGGAGUUCCACACCAAAAUCAUGGAGCGCGCAAUGGACUUGCUCACCGGAAACAGAAUCGGCCUCACAGUGAACACGACGUUAAGUACUGACAGGAGUUUUUUCAUGCCAUGUUCGAUGGUUCUAGUACUAGAUGGACAAUUAGCCCGUGAAAAGCCGACUCAACCUCAAAUAAAAACUUCCCAGGUGCGGAUAACGAUGAGCUGUUUUACUGCAUCGGUACCGAUCGCCGAUCGGAAUUGAUAAAGCUGAUAGCAAACUCGGAGGGAUACCGGGCUGCGCUUCGCGCCAGCGCAUACCCAGUAGGCACCGCUCGAGAUAGCGUCGGGGAGGACGGGAAGAUGCUGGUCCCACACGUCAACGACGGGCAGGGGCCCGUGCCGGUGCCGGGUUGGACGACGUAUAAUUGCCUGGAGUCGUUUCUUUUUUUUUGCGUUUGAUGAUGAAUGAUGAGAAGCCACACAGACUGAGUUUGUAUGAUAAUCUAAAUCAAAAAGGGCUCCGAAUCAUCAAAAAGGUAUGAGCUGGAAAACGAUGCGUACUACGAAGAUUUCCGCGAGAUCGACAAGCUCCGCAUGAUGCGACGACGAAUUGGGCAUUUUAUCGACACCAACGCCAUGGAGCGGUUCGGGGUGAUGAUCAAAAAGUUUGUGGCCCACAAAUACAAAGACGUGGCAAUGCUGGAAGACCCGGUCACGAAUUUUGGGCACAGGUGGAGCUUCUGGCGGUUUCCUUCGCACCGGAUCGAUGAGGCCAAGGACUACUUCGGCGAGGAAAUGGCCUUUUUCUUCCACUGGUUCCGCUUUUACACCGUGCAACUGGUCGUGCCAACGUUGGUGGCUUUGAUUCUCUUCGCGCGACGCUUCUUCGGACUGGACAUGGAAACACAAAGGUGAAGAGAGUUGCUUCGGACGUUGGAUGUUUGUUUUAAAUCUGGUUCGUCCGCUGGUGGGAUGUCCUACAACUUUACUGAGUACUUAGCAACAAGAAAAUUUCUGCAUGUUGAAACACUAAAAUUGCAGGAUGAUCCAAGACUGCUUCUGCCUCUUCAUGGCGCUCUGGGCCGCGCAGUUCUGUGAAAACUACAAUCGACAAGCUAUCAUCCAGGCGACCGUCUGGGGCACGCGAAACUACGACAACGUGGCAAGCAUAAGAUCCGGAUAUAGAGAUCACGGUAUGACAUUUUUACGCCAAGAAACAUUUAUACGUUUUUGAUUGGUUUGCGUAUGCUAUCUGUACCAUAAUGUACAUGUAGUUGUGCACCUGCACGUCGUCCUGAUCCUGAUGCUGAAUAAACAGACGACGCCGACCGUAAGGCGACGUGGUGGAGCGCUCUGGGUGCUUCCGUGAUGAGCACCUUCCUGGCGUGCAUUAUCGGCGGUAUUGCAGUGAUCCAGUCCGUGCGCUACGUGAUGGUGCACCACCCAAGCGAUAACCCAAUCACGGCCUUCAUCAUAAAAAUGACGGACGACCGCGAGUUCGCGAUAAAGAUGGGCGCGAAACUCGGCGCGGUACUCAUUACCAUGCAGGUGAAGGCGCUCGACAUGGCCUGGGGAAAAAUAGCAGUCGUAGUCACCGAAAGGGAAAACCACAAGACAGAAAGCAGGUUAGUUUAAAGGCUUUGUGUCACUGAUGUCAUGGUGUGGUGGCACGUCUGUGUGUCUGUGUUGGUCGUUUAAGUACUUGUUCGCUCCUUGACGGGCACUGUAGCUGUACUCCAUGAAACAAAACCUGAGGUACCAGAGCUCCCUGGUUUUCAAAGUCGUGAUGGUGAAAUUUUUCAACGCCAUGUACCCGUUUCUCUACGUCGCGUUCGCAAAAGAGUACGUAGAAGGGUGCUCCGGGCCGGGCGGCAGCUGCAUCCUAGCGUUGGAAACUUGCUUGACGACGUUCUUUCUUGUACACAUGGCGGUCACGGGCGCAAUGCUGAUCAAGCGCAUCGUGAUGACGCGGCUGCUCGUGCACCAGGAAGUGAGGAAGCCGGGAGUGGACGGGGCGAACUACACCUAUCUGCAAGUGCAAGCGAAGUUGGACGACUUCGUUUCUUCCGACAUGCUCAACGAUUACAUGGAACUCACCGUGCAGUUUGCGAUGGUAUCUCAGAUUUAGGCUUUUCUCCUUUCAUUAUUCAUUUACCGUUCUUCGCUCCGUACGGUCCCGGAACAAUUCAUCUUCAGGUUCAGACUAGUAAGAAGAACAGUCACGUCUGCAUCGUAUAAGCGAUAGCACUCACUCCCAAAAAUAAAUUGUCAGGUCACCUGCUUCAGUGUCGUCCUCCCGAUUCUGACCAUGCUCGCCCUGGCCAGCAACAUGAUCGAGUACCGCAUAAUCGCCUACCGACAGCUCCACGUCGUGCAGCGGGUCUACCCUUCCGGCGCGGAAAGCAUUGGCGCGUGGCAGAGCAUUUUCGCCGCCAUCGCGACCAUGGCCAUGAUCGUGAACGCGGGGCUCGGCGUGUUCGCGAUGAAGCCCUUCCGGGACUGGGAAACCGAGCACAAGUUGCUGGCGUUUCUAGUUUAUCAAAUGCAAAAAUGUCUGGGUCUGGAAACUUGUGAUGCUGAAUUGCGCAUGAUUGAAGCGCUUCCAAUGGCAGCCAAGCAUGACAAGUUUUUGAGACGCCUGCUGAUGCCUAGCACGCAUUUUUUGCGUGACAAAGAAAGCCUCUCUUUUGCUGCUCAUGCAACACAGGUUUUCCAGGAAUGCAUUACACGCAUUACAAGUUCCACUUUUCCAGACCCAGACAUUUUUACAUUCGAUAUAGUUGGGGAGCACAUUCUCAUCUUCAGCAAGGUGCUGGUGGAGGUGGCCAUUCCGGAUCUCCCAGCACAGGUAGACAAGGCGGAAGACAAGCAGGAGGCGGCUAUCAUCAAGAUGUUCGGCGGCUUUUUCAAGCCCGUGCACAUCGCGUCGGACAAGUUGCCGAUGAAGACGCCGGUGAUGUGCAACCCGGACGGAAACAAGAGCUUGACGGCGAAGUACACACUGUUUCACCAAACACCAGCAGGGAAGCACGCGAAAGGGAAAUGAGAAGGAGGGACGUAGUUGGAAGGGGGAUGAAGAUGAUGUCGUGGUGCCAGGAGGACGUAGAAUUUUUAGUACAGAAAAUUGACGAUUAGGAUUGUGCCGGAACAAUUUGGUUGAACGUAUCGGAAGAGAGGAGAGGGCAGGUUUGACUUUCCAUCUGUUUUUUAAAACUUGAGAAAGAUUCACUAGUGGGCAGGGAAAAUUAUAAUCGAGAAACGAGUCCUUUUUUACGUAAUUCGACGUAGCAGUGGAGCAGAGUAAGCACCACAUCAAGUCGAUAUCGUGGAUGCCAGCGUGGGCAACUUUGCAAUUGUCUGUUGCUGGCUCUGCGGUGUGCUUUCGAAUGUUGCCCUUCCUCGUAUCGAUGGGCCAAGACAUUCUCAUUUCUCUCGCUUUUCACAUUUUCCGUAAUACUGACGAAUGCGUAGUUUUUCAUUUCCACUUCUGCAUUGGAGAAACAAUGUUGGGCGUCAGCUCUUCUACAACAGACACAAACAUGAUUACUUGGCAGGAGUUUGAGCGUGUCGCUUGUGUGCCCAUGCCACUGCAGCUAGUCGAUAUUCACAUGCGCCGUUGAAGACGAGUGCCCGGGCAAUGUAUGCGGAACUUCGACCGGCUGCUUUUUUGAGCGGUGUGAAGCAGUUGCAGUGUGUUC